AUGCGCCGACAUAAUGGCCUUUUGUCGUCGUGCGAGCCCUGCCGCCGAGCCAAGCUCCGCUGCGACCACACCGUCCCCACUUGUGGACGGUGCCGCCGUAAGGACAAGGCAGCCGCCUGCGUGUACAGGCAGAACCCAACACGGGCUCAGCAGUCGAUGGCAGAGGUCGCUGCGGCGACGCUCUCACCCCCCGCGACCAUGUCCCCGACACCACUAGGGACGGUGCAGAUGUCGCCGGGACGCCGACUGCUGGCGGGCUCGCCGUACGCUGUGCGAGACCGCUACAUCGAAGACUGGAGUCACCGGCUGGCUUUGAACUCCACUCCAAGCUUCCUGGGGCCAACAAGCUUUUCGGCAGUCUACAGCGAGAACGAGGCCAGUCUGAAGCAACACUCGUCUAUCACGCCGCUGCGGUUGCCGGAGCUCAGUCCGCCUGAUGUCGCCCGCGCGGUCGACAUCCACCAGGCCCAGCUAGGCGCUGAGUUGCUGUCGCUGCUCUUCGAUGACUUUGUGCUGUACCGCCGGACGGCCAUAGCUUGCGAUGAGAAGAUGGGCGAGGGCAUCAUUGGCCUGCCGACCGUCCGCACCCUCUGCGACCUCAUCGAGGGCAUGUACAACAGCCUGCCGGGUCAUCUGGACCCGCAGUCGCGGCUGCUGGCACUCUCGCGGCGGCUAUUCGAGGGCACCACCCGUGAGCUCAUCACGCACGCGACCAUGACACUCGAUGAGUAUCUCGUUGCCCUCGCAGGCCGCUGGGAAGCCAUCGGCAUCAUCCUCACCAUGUCCGGCAUCUGCGCCGCCCACACGACUGUUGACGACCCGAUCUUCCACGGCCUGCGCCUCACCGCAACCGACCACAAGAACUUAGGAAUUCUGGCCACUGCCGGCGGCGACCAGUGUCUACAGUUAUGCGACAGUGUGGGUGUCAUGUGCGACACCUUUGGCUGGCUCCUGAUGCGACACGCCCAUCUGCUGACCUUCGUCUGUGGCGAUUACGACUAUCGACCACGGAAACGCCUCGGAGAACUCUCGACCCUCCUCUUCGCCAUUGGCUAUCACCAGCUCGACUCCGGCGAGCAUCUGCCUUUCUUCCUCGCCGAAGGGCGGAAGCGGCUCAUGGCGUCCGCCUAUGCCUGCGACAAGGAGCUGGCGACGUUUCUAGGCUGUCCUCCGCUGAUUGCCUAUCGCUUCUGUCGCAUGCAGUUGCCUCUGGACCUGGAACCAGCUGAAGUGAUCGCUGAGCCAGCGGUGCGCAAGGCCGCCAUCGACAAACUGGACGCUAAUGGCUGGAACACUAAUGGGCUCAUCAAAUGCACUUCGUUUAGUCGGAUGUCCGUGCUCCUGGGCCACGUGCGUGAUGAAAUUCCAUCCUACCUGCAGUGGGACGGGAGCACCGAAACCGCCCUGCGGCUGACCAGCACCAUUCCCGUCUACUGUCAUCUCGAUCUGCUUUACAGCGACUUUCUCCUGCAGCGCAUCUUGGUCAAGAGGUCCUUGACGGGGUCCGAGAGCCUAGUCUGUCUUGCGGACCAGAUGCUCAAGGCCAUCCUUGCCCAGAUUGCUAUCAGUCAACGAUGCGGCAAACCUUUCAGUGAGAUCGGAUGGACGAUCCCCUACUUCGGCCUCCCCUCGGCCGGGAUCCUCGCCAUUGAACUUCUCCGCCGGACUCAAAACCCCCACCCGCGGCCGAACGAGAGGCCCUUCCCACGCUCAGAAGUGAUCCAGAACCUCAGCAUCCUCGCCUCACAUAUUCAGUACAUCAUCUUGCCGCAGAAGGGCAACUACGAGGUCUGCCAACGGGGCCGCAAGGCCAUUUUGUACAUUCUGGAUCAUGUACUCUCCACGCGUACGGAUGCUACCGCAUCAGUUGCUCCGGUGCCGAACGACGUAAUCCCCACGGACUGGCUGAAUGACGAGUGGUUGAAUGACGGAACCGAAUUUAUCAGGUGGAUUGACAAGCUGAAUUGGGAUGUGUAG